AUGUCGAAUAUUGUUCACGAUCAAGAAGUCGAAGAGUGCCUUGAAGACUUAUUGAAGAAAGUUGUGGAAAAUUUAGAAGUGGAAGAAGAGGAAGAGGAAGAAGAAGAGGAAAAUGACGAAAGUGAAGAAUUCAAUCAACAGUGGCCGGUACAAGUGGGAGGUUCAUUGAAAGUUUUGAACGAGCGUCAUGGCGGAACUGAUGAAAGAUUUGGCAAAGGAGCAAAUAUCAGUGUUACAUUGGAUGUUGAAAUUCCAAAGGAAAUCACGACAAGUCCCAAUGCUCCUGAAUUAUUUGGCGACGCCGUGGUCAGACGGAUUCAACAAUAUGCGCCGCCAACCUCAUCACAAACCGUUCCAAAAAUGGGUCUCAUCUUUGAAGCUGAAGAAAUACCAAAGUCCGUUGGUUUUGCUUUCAAAAAUCGUGUCACUUUGCACACAUUUUUUUCUUAUACCAUCUGCGUCUCUCUCUCUCACUACUAUAAAUUGUGCUCUCUCGCCCUUCUCUAA